GAAAAGCACGUCAAAAAUUUAUACACAAAAAAUAUGCUGCGUCUCUUUCUCUCUCCCCUCUCUCGCAAUUACACCUCUUUUGCCCUCCAUUAAAUGCAAUUGCACCCUCUCAAUACGCUCUGCAAUUACUCUUCGCUGCUUCCAUCUGUUCCCCACUUCCCUCUCUCCUUCAAUGCCCUUGUCCCUAUCCUCUCUUUCUCUCUCUCUCUAACCUUCUUCAUUCCUUACCAUAUAACCAACUUUAUUACCAUAACUCCCAAACCCUUUUCUUUUCAAUGGGUUUAUAGCACCAAAACAGAUCUACACCUUCAUCUUCUUUCUCUGCUACUAGUACUACCACUCAAGGGGCUGGGGGAGUGUGAAAAGGGACAUUAGGUCAAGAAAAAAAAAUCCUGAAAUAUUGGAAGCGUUGUGGACUUGUGGGGUUCUCCGAGAUCUUCGUUGGAGUUAUGUUUUGUUUUGAGAAAGUUUUGAUUUUGUUUUGUGAAAAGGCAAGAUCAGAAAAAGGGCAAUGAUAUUUCCUUGCUUCUUAAUCCAUAAUCCAAGAGCUAAACUCUUCUUCUCUACCAAGGACUUCAAAAAACUUCAGCAACCCUUGCUCAGAGAGUGAUAAGAGAGAGAAAGAAAGAGAGAGAGAGUUAAUUAUUCAUAUACUAGUUGGUGGUGAUUUUGACUUUUGAGGUAUGUGAAAUAUGCCAACCGGAAUUAUGAUUCCGGCGAGAAACAUGCCCUCGUUGAUACAAAGGAACAACAACGUUGGUGGGUUUGGAUCAUCUUCACCUUUUAGUAUUCUUACCCAGAUUGAAAAACCAUAAGGCUCCGGAAACCUUAAAGAUCUGCAGCAAUGUUCCAGUCGAACCUGAUGGAGGCGUUGGAGAUGGGUCAGAACACUUCUGAGAGUGAGGUUCCUCGAAUCCGUGAAGAUGAGUUCGACAGUGCCACCAAGUCUGGUAGUGAAAACCAUGAAGGUGCUUCUGGUGAAGACCAAGACCCUCGUCCCAACAAAAAGAAACGUUACCACCGCCACACCCAGCACCAGAUCCAGGAAAUGGAAGCUUUUUUCAAGGAGUGUCCUCACCCAGACGACAAGCAAAGGAAGGAGCUGAGCAGGGAGUUAGGGUUAGAGCCAUUGCAGGUUAAGUUUUGGUUUCAGAACAAGCGUACUCAGAUGAAGACACAACACGAGCGGCAUGAGAAUACACAGCUUAGAACCGAAAACGAGAAGCUUCGAGCAGAUAACAUGAGGUAUAGGGAGGCUCUCAGCAAUGCUUCGUGUCCUAAUUGUGGUGGACCAACCGCUAUAGGAGAAAUGUCAUUCGAUGAACAUCACCUAAGGCUUGAAAAUGCACGGCUAAGAGAAGAGAUCGAUAGGAUUUCAGCAAUUGCUGCAAAGUAUGUAGGGAAGCCUGUGGUGAACUAUUCAAAUAUUUCUCCUUCUCUUCCUCCUCGUCCACUAGAACUUGGGGUUGGUGCUGGUUUUGGAGGCCAACCAGGGAUUGGUGUGGACAUUUAUGGUGCUGGUGACCUUCUUAGGUCAAUUAGUGGACCCACCGAAGCUGAUAAACCAAUAAUCAUAGAGCUAGCCGUUGCAGCUAUGGAAGAGCUCAUUGGGAUGGCACAAAUGGGUGAGCCUCUUUGGCUAACUACCCUUGAUGGCACUUCCACUAUGCUAAAUGAGGAUGAGUACAUCAGGUCCUUCCCUCGAGGAAUUGGCCCUAAACCCUCUGGCUUCAAAUGUGAAGCUUCUAGAGAAACCGCUGUUGUUAUCAUGAACCAUGUCAACCUCGUUGAGAUUCUCAUGGAUGUGAACCAAUGGUCCACAGUGUUCUCUGGUAUAGUCUCAAGAGCCAUGACCCUGGAGGUUCUAUCAACAGGGGUGGCCGGGAACUACAAUGGUGCCUUACAAGUGAUGACAUCAGAACUACAACUACCUACACCUCUUGUGCCAACUCGUGAGAGUUAUUUUGUAAGGUAUUGUAAGCAGCAUGCUGAUGGGACUUGGGCAGUUGUGGAUGUGUCGUUGGAUAAUUUGCGCCCUAGUCCUUCAGCCAGAUGUAGAAGAAGGCCUUCUGGUUGCUUAAUUCAAGAAAUGCCAAAUGGCUAUUCAAAGGUCACAUGGAUUGAGCACGUGGAAGUGGAUGACAGGGGUGUUCAUAAUCUUUACAAACAGCUUGUUAGCUCUGGACAUGCAUUUGGAGCAAAACGUUGGGUUGCAACCUUAGAUCGACAAUGUGAAAGGCUUGCUAGUGCUAUGGCAACAAACAUUCCCACCGUAGAUGUCGGAGUGAUAACAAACCAAGAAGGGAGAAAGAGCAUGAUGAAGCUAGCUGAAAGAAUGGUUAUAAGCUUUUGUGCCGGUGUGAGUGCUUCCACUGCUCACACAUGGACAACACUCUCUGGAACAGGAGCUGAUGAUGUAAGGGUGAUGACCAGAAAGAGUGUAGAUGACCCUGGAAGACCUCCCGGCAUAGUUCUCAGUGCAGCCACUUCUUUUUGGCUUCCAGUUCCACCCAAACGAGUCUUUGACUUUCUCCGUGACGAAAACUCUAGGAAUGAGUGGGACAUUCUUUCCAAUGGUGGAGUUGUUCAAGAAAUGGCACACAUAGCAAAUGGAAGAGAUACUGGAAACUGUGUCUCUCUACUACGAGUAAAUAGUGCGAAUUCAAGCCAGAGCAACAUGUUGAUAUUGCAAGAGAGUUGCACCGAUACAACCGGUUCUUUUGUCAUUUAUGCACCGGUGGAUAUUGUUGCCAUGAAUGUGGUUCUAAAUGGAGGAGAUCCAGAUUAUGUUGCUCUUCUUCCUUCAGGGUUUGCUAUUCUGCCAGAUGGGACAACAACGCAUGGUAGUGGUAUUGGUGAAUCUGGACCUGGUGGAUCUCUUCUUACUGUUGCCUUUCAAAUAUUGGUUGAUUCGGUUCCUACUGCUAAGCUUUCUCUUGGAUCUGUUGCUACUGUCAACAAUCUCAUUGCAUGCACUGUUGAGAGAAUCAAGGCUUCCUUGUCCGGUGAAGGUGCUUAAGCUUCAAGACUUUGGAUUCAGUGUGUUUGAAAGAAGGGAUGAAAGGUUGUGGAGAUUAAAUGAAAAGGUGGUGAGGAUCUUCGGGUUACAUUACAAAGAUUAGGGAGAAGUCAAGAGCGCACCUUGCAUGAUCCCUUCUCAGCACUUACCCCAAAAGAGUUGUGAGAGGAUUAAGGUUCGGGAAUUGACUUCCCUAGAUACAAUAGUAAACGUUGAGAGCGAUUAAUUAUUAUGACCUUGCUACCCUUUACCAUUUCCGAGACUACAUAACUAGCUAGCUAGGAUUAACCUUUUCAGUAACUAGGGUUUAACUUUUGAUGUAAACUCUUGUCUUCUUUUUCAAUUCUUAUUUUGUGUGAUUUAAUUAGAA